UGUGCGCUUCCUGCAACGCCCUCUUCCAUCUGAUCACACAUCGUCUCGGUGUUUCUGUAGAGUUGGUGAAAUAGAGUUCUGAGCAGAAAGAGGAAACUUGCCUGUUUUGCUAAAAGCCCCGAUCUGCACUUUUCAUGGUCGGGAGCAGGGUCGGUUGUCUGCAGAUUUCCUCAUCCUCACAGGGACAUUCUUUGCAUCCGACAUGCCUACCUACACGGUGACCGUUGCCACGGGGAGCCAGUGGUUCGCAGGGACAGACGACUAUAUCUUCAUCACACUGGUGGGCACAGAUCGGUGCAGCGAGAGAACGCUGCUGGACAAACCUCUGUACAAUGACUUCGAGAGGGGGGCGGUGGACUCCUACGACGUGAGGGUCGAGGAGGACCUGGGCGAGCUUGUGCUGGUGAAGAUUGAGAAAAAGAAGUACUGGGUGCAGGACGACUGGUACUGCAAGUACAUCACCGUCAAGACCCCCUCGGGAGACUACCUGGAGUUCCCCUGCUUCAGCUGGCUGGUGGACGACAAGGAGAUUGUGCUGCGGGACGGACGAGCACAUCUGCCCCAGGAUGACAAGACCAGCCUCGUCAAACAGCACAGACAAAAGGAGCUGAAUUUCAGGAGAAAGACCUUCAGAUGGAAGGAGUGGCAGCCCGGCUUCCCCAUGAGCAUAGACGCCAACGCUCACAAGGAUCUGCCUCGAGACAUCCAGUUCGACAGCGAGAAAGGGGUGGAUUUUGUGCUGAACUACGUCAAGGCGAUAGACAACCUGUGCGUGAACCACUUCAUGCACAUGUUCCAGUCCUCCUGGACUGGAUUAGAUGACUUUGAGAGGAUCUUUGUGAGGAUCAAAAACACAAUCUCAGAGUAUGUGAUGCAACACUGGAAGGAGGACUUCAUGUUUGGCUACCAGUUUCUGAAUGGCUGCAACCCCGUGGUGAUCCAAAAGUGCACCAAGCUCCCGGAGAAGUUUCCUGUCACACACGAGAUGGUUUCCGUCAGCCUGGAGAGGGAUCUGACUCUGGAGCAGGAAGUGGAGGCAGGUAACAUCUACCUAGUAGACUACGAGGUGAUAGACGGCAUCAGAGCUAACCGCACGGACCCGUGCACCAUGCAGUACCUGGCUGCUCCGAUGUGUCUGCUCUACAGGAACGUCAAGAAGAAGAUCCUGCCCAUUGCCAUACAGCUUGGCCAGACUCCGGGCGAGGACACCCCGAUCUUCCUGCCCACUGAUGGCGAGAAUGACUGGCUGCUGGCGAAGAUCUGGGUUCGCUCGGCUGACUUCCAGUACCACCAGAACAUCACCCACCUGCUCAGGACACAUCUCAUAACGGAGAUGUUUGCGAUCGCCAUGUACAGGCAGCUCCCGGCUGUCCACCCCGUGUAUAAGCUCCUGCUCCCACACAUUCGCUUCACCAUCGCCAUCAACACCAAGGCCAGAGAGCAGCUCAUCAACGAGUGUGGCAUCUUUGACAAGGCAAACGCGACCGGCGGAGGUGGUCACGUCCAGCUGAUACAGAAGGCCAUGAAGUCCGUGACCUUCAGGUCGCUGUGCUUCCCCGACAUGAUCAAGGCCCGAGGUUUGGACUGCAAGGAGGAGCUGCCCACCUACUUCUACCGCGACGACGGCUACAGCGUGUGGGAGGCCACCAAGAGCUUCGUGUCCAAUGUGGUGCACAUUUACUACACCAGCGACGAGGCGCUGCAGGCAGACGAGGAGAUCCAGGCCUUCAUUAAAGACGUGUGCAGCUUCGGGAUGCAGGACUUCGACCACUGUGAGUUUCCCAAGUUGCUGAAAUCCCGCGAGGAGCUGACGGAGUACCUGACUGUCAUUGUGUUCACCGCUUCAGCGCAGCACGCAGCUGUCAACUUUGGACAGUACGACUGGUUUUCCUGGAUCCCCAACGCUCCGUCCACCAUGCGGAGGCCCCCGCCCAACCAGAAGGGCAUGGCAGAUGUGAACCUGAUCAUCGAGAGCCUCCCUGAUCGCGGACGCUCCAGCUGGCACCUGGGCGCCGUUUGGGCCCUCAGCCAGUACCAGGACAACGAGCUUUACCUGGGCAUGUAUCCGAAUGAGCACUUCAUCGAGAAGCCAGUGAAGGCGGCGAUGGAGAAGUUCAGGAAGCAGCUGGCGGAGAUAACCAGCUCCAUCAAGCUGAGGAACGAGGGAAAGAAGCUGCCGUACUACAACAUGUCCCCUGACCAAAUCCCCAACAGUGUCGCCGUUUGAGUUCAAUUUAUUUAUUCAGGGGGCAUUCACAAGCAGCUCAUUGACGCUCUGCUGAUGUCACUGCUCUGUCCAAAUGUGCCGGCGUGAUUUUAAUAAUACUGCAUAUUAAAGUGAACAGAUGCUGAUCUAAUCCCCCGUUUUCAAAUCUCAGCUUUGCUUCGAAAUUUUCUUCUGUCAUUUAUUUGAAAUGUGAAAAAUUGGUUGAAUGUUAUUCCAUGGAGGUGCCAAUUAAAAACGUUAUCAUUUAUA